UUUUCGCUUUCUGGCCGAAAGGAAAACUUGGCUGGCACUCGGGAUUUGUUGAAGCAGCUCUUAAGAUACUUUUGGUAUGCCAAUUGGCAUUUCGGCAUCGAUUUGGGUUCUGCUUGGCUUGGCUUGGCUUGUUACUUUUGCGUUAUUCAAACUGCGCCUCAACUUGUUCAGGUUGUUGGCCAUGGAAAACCGCGAAUUCUGUGCGGCUCAUUGAAUUGAUAUUCGCAAUUAAAAUGUUUCCCGGCCUCACUAAUGAUCGAAAGAUGAGCCCUAUAAAAGCAGUUGGUUCUGGCUAGAUAGAGUCAAAAUAUACAAAAUGAAACGAGGUUUAGUUUUGCUGGUGGUACUCAAAAUGCUGACUUUCAGCGAGUCCCGCUAUGCCAAAGUAAACAUCAACCUGGGUCUAACUGUGGGCGACGAAUCACCAAAACCUAUCACCGAGGACUUGAUUCGUCUUUGUGGCGAUCAAACGGAUAUUUCUCUUCGGGACUUGCACAAACUUCAGCAGGAGGACUUCUCGGAUCCUUCGGAAUCCAUUCAGUGCUUUACCCAUUGUCUUUAUGAGCAAAUGGGCAUCAUGCACGAUGGCAUUUUCGUGGAACGGGAUUUCAUUGAUCUAGUUUCCGAAGCCACUAAUCCGGACAUUUGGCCAGAACGUCAGUGUCACCUGAUCCGUGAAGGCAACAAAUGCGCGAUCGCCUUUAAGAUCCAUCAGUGCCGUCAGAAGAUGAAAAAUUCUUUGCUGGGCAAGGAUGUGGAGGUCACCACGCCAGCGGAGUCCGAAGAACCUUUGCCCUAGGCUUGCUUGGAUUGGUUAAAAUUUGGUGGUGGUAUCCGGGUUUUGUAAUCAACACCAUUUGCUUUUCGAAAAGUGAAAUAUAUAAACAAAUUUUA